CCCUUCUUACCGCCAUGUUCAUCAUUAACUGGUUUUGGGAUGUCCUCGCACAGCUUGGCCUGUUGCACAAGAAUGCCAAGAUCCUCUUCCUCGGCCUUGACAAUGCGGGAAAGACGACUUUGUUGCAUAUGCUAAAGAAUGACCGACUGGCGACACUGCAGCCUACGCUUCACCCGACAUCCGAGGAACUCGCUAUUGGCAAUGUCAAGUUUACGACUUAUGAUUUGGGUGGUCAUCAGCAAGCUCGCCGACUCUGGCGUGACUACUUCCCCGAAGUGGACGGAAUUGUCUUCCUCGUUGACAGCGCUGACUUCGAGCGAUUUGCGGAAUCGAAAGCCGAGCUUGACGCUCUCCUGUCGAUUGAGGAGCUGGCGAAGGUGCCUUUCCUCAUCCUCGGCAACAAGAUUGAUGCUCCUGGUGCUGUCAGCGAGGAGGAACUCCGACACCACCUAGGUCUCUACCAGACAACGGGCAAGGGCAAGGUUCCCCUCAACGACAUUCGCCCGAUCGAAAUCUUCAUGUGCUCAGUUGUCCAAAGGCAGGGGUAUGGGGAAGGUUUCAGAUGGCUGUCGCAAUACAUCUAAGCACCCUCCAGCCACCCGAGGGCAUACCUCCUGGUAUGAUGGACUUUACGUACUGUGCCGUGGAAGAGGCACCUUUCUUCGCCCUCCUUACGGCUCACUUGUCGUUAUUUCGCUUUAUAUUGUGGAACAUGUUGUCUUUGCUGCAACUUCAGUAGGGUGUCAGAGUAACAAGCGCCCGUACACGUAUGUGAUCGGCGUGCACGUGGAGUGAACGCGUCGCGUCGGGACGUGACCCUCAUAGUGCAACGACGUGCAU